CAAUAACCCAUACCAUAGACCAAAUGACGAGCUCAAGGUUGAUGAUCCUCUGUUUCGCUUUUUUCUCCAUAUCCAUUUUCCUCCGCCAUGCAAUCGCUCAGCCUGAUUUCCAGAUAUACGAUUGCGUCGAAAACCAAGGCAAUUUCACCACUAACUCAACCUACAAAGCUAAUCUCAAUCACCUCCUCUCUACCUUCACCACCGAUCACCAAAUUAACUAUGGCUUUUACAACUUCUCUUACGGCCAUCAAAACAGAGCCAAUGUGAUUGGGCUAUGCAGAGGAGACCUAACGCUGCUCGCUUGCACCACCUGCUUAAACAACUCUAGAACUCUUCUCCCACUUCUCUGUCCCAACCAUAUAGAAGCCAUCGGAUGGUAUGACGAAUGUAUGCUCCGUUACUCAAACCGCUCCAUAUUCGGCUCCAUGGAGACUUCCCCGGCUUUCCGUGCUUGGAAUCCCAACAAUGCUUCUGACCCACAUCGAUUCAUCCAGCUCGCUACAACUCUCCUCCAACAACUCACUCACGAAGCUGCGUUGGGCGAUUCUCGUUUAAAGUUCGCUACUGGAAUCACAUCCGUUCCAAAUUUCCCAACCAUCUAUGGAGCUGUUCAGUGCACUCCUGAUUUGUCUCCGCAAAAUUGCACCACUUGCUUGUUUGGUGCUAUUCAACGAAUUCAAUUAUGUUGCGAUGGGAAAGCAGGAGGCCGAAUUGGGAGACCCAGUUGUAACUUUCGAUUCGAGAGCUACCUUUUUUAUAAGCAAUCCUCUAUUUCUUUAGCCCCAUCUCCAAAUCCGUCAUUACCACCAUCUCCUCCUCCACAACGAAAAGCAUCUCGGAGAGUGGCCGUCAUAGUUGCGUCCGUCGUCGUUUGUGCUGUCAUAAUAACGAUCACAAUCUGUAUUUUCUUAACCAAAAGAAGGCGAAGAAACCCAUCAACUCAAGUACCUUCAACAGGUAUGGCACUUGAGGAUGAAGAAACUGAUAUCGAAUCUUCGCAAUUUGAUUUUGACAUGAUUAAAAUUGCAACAAAUGGAUUCUCGGAUGGAAAUAAACUCGGGGAAGGUGGUUUUGGGGUGGUUUAUAAGGGUCGACUUCCCAAUGGAGAAACUAUUGCUGUCAAACGACUCUCUCGAGCUUCAAGUCAAGGAGAUAAUGAGUUCAAGAAUGAAAUAUUAUUAGUUGCUAAACUUCAACAUCGAAAUUUAGUUCAGCUAUUGGGUUUCUGCUUCAAAGAAAAUGAAAAGCUUCUCAUUUACGAGUUUGUAGAGAAUUCUAGUCUCGAGAAAUUCCUAUUUAGUAAGACUUUUCUAUGCUCUAUUCACUUGCUUUUCUCCAUCUUCGAUUCUGUUUUUGUACUAAGAAUUAUCUUUAUCAAUUUUGGAAUAUGCAAUGGUGCAGAUCCUAAAACAGGUGUGAGUUUAGAUUGGAAAGCUCGCUACAAGAUCAUACAUGGAAUAACUCGAGGACUUGUUUACCUUCACGAAGAGUCUCAACUUAGAAUUAUUCAUAGAGAUCUCAAGGCUAGUAAUAUUUUACUAGAUGCGGAUAUGAAUGCUAAAAUUUCUGAUUUUGGUACUGCAAGAUUAUUUUUACAUGAUCAAAUACAAGGAAAUACAAGAAAAGUAGUUGGGACUUAUGGAUACAUGGCUCCCGAAUACGUCCACAAAGGUCAUUUCUCAAUCAAGUCGGAUGUCUUUAGUUUUGGUGUUUUAGUUUUGGAGAUUGUGACUGGAAUAAAAAAUAAUCAAGUUCAUUUGGACAACGAGAUUGUAGGUCUUGUAGAGCAUGCUUGGAGAAAUUGGCAGAAUGGAACUACUCAAAAUAUCAUAGAUCCUAUCUUGACAAGUGGUUCAAAGACCGAAAUGGCUAGAUGCAUUCAUAUAGGGUUGCUAUGUGUUCAAGAAAAUGUAGCUAAGCGGCCAAACAUGGGUACCGUACUUCUCAUGCUUAACAGCUACUCUAUUACCCUUCCAAGACCUUCUCAACCUGCUUUCAUUUUGAGUACCACCAACUCUCAAAUCUCUGAACAAUCUAACAACAACUCGACUCACGAACUAAAUGAUAUGUCAAUUACGGAGCUUUACCCUCGUUAGCUUAGGUAUAUUAAAUACAUAUAUGUUCAUCUUAUUUUUUAAUGAAAUCUUAAUUUAUAAUUUGUAUCGAAGUUAACCUUUUUUAAAUGAAUAGAACCUUGAUAUUAUUCAAUGUUUUUUUUUUAUAACAA